AUGCUCAAGAGAAUUGAUCCUUUGAAUUCUGUCUUGGUUUCUUACUUAGAAACUAUUGAUACUUCUGUGGAAACCGGAAUUCUUCUACCACAUUCAUUUGAGAAGAAAUCCAAGAAGACAAAGAAACCGGUUGUUGGGUCUUCGGAUACCAAAGCCAAGUCUUCGAAGAAAACAAAGCUGGUUCCUGUGAUUGAACCUGAACUUGAUCAGCCAAAGCCUGUUGUUUCUGAUACCCAGGUCAUUGAAAACGAAAUAAUUCCUUCGAAGACUGGUGUAUUCAAGCGUAUUAAGAUGAAAUCGAAGACAAAGAGAAGAUCGUUGGGUACGAAGAUGGUUCUGAAACCACAAGUUUCUCACCAAGGAGUAAUUUUUAGAGAAGUUCCUGCUCCUAUGUCUCCUUCAACAAAGAAGAGAAUGGCUGCUGACAUGGCCAAACAUAUUUCCCAGAAGAAGAAGAGAAAAUUGAUCAUUUCUUCUGAUUCCACCACUGAUUACACAAAAGUUAUUUUGGAAACCCUUGAAGGAACUCUAAUUCUUGAUUCUUCUACCAUUGAUACUUCAGUGACUCAACCACCCGAAGUUUCAAUUGCCAAGAUAGUUUUUGUGGAGGCUCGAACUUCAGACAUCACUGUAAACAUAUCUGAUAUGGUUACUAGAUUUGUCAAACUCUUCGAAAGUAUGAGUCCUCAAUUUACUCUUCUUUCUGAAAAAGAAGAUAAGCAUUUUGGUGACUUGCUUGGUUUAUUAAAGGGAUUGAAGGAAUUAUCUAUCAAGCCUAUUCCUUCUUCGUUGAUUACUUCAGAAUUCUUGUCACAUAAUUUUUUGUAG